GCUCAGCUGGUCGUGACGUCACCGCCACAGUUCUGGAUUUCUAGAGAAUCUGGUCAAGGGGGGAUAUAAUUUUGUAUCGUAAAAAUCCUUAUGAUAUAUGCUUAAUCUAGAGACCAUUGACGGCUGUGGAGCUUGAAUAGCAUCAAUAAAUUAACGUAAGAUCACUCUUGUGGUGAGAUAUCCCGGAAUAAGGGAGGAUAACCUAACGGAAAGAGAGGCAAGGGUCGGAGGAGGACCGCCGUCGGUUAUCGCCGUCGCCAUUGGUGCCGAGAUCCUAAUAUUUCAGCAGUAAGAUAGUUGAAGAUAGAGAUGCAGGUGUAAGGUUGUGGUGGUGGUGCUGGAGGUGGGUUGUGGUGAAGUCAUGGGCUUGUGCUUGUGUGGCGCUUGGUGCCGUUGACCAGGGACAUGCCGAGCAUCCAUGAGACUAUAGAGUCUGAUGAGAGCUUCUCUUCUCUCGAUGACGCCAACCAGGAAGAAGACCAAAACCAUGACCAACAGCCGAGCCACAGCACUGCCACACAGUCUCCAGCAGUGAAGAGGUCUAAGAGCCAAAACCCGCCAGAACAAGACAAGGCGGGACACCGCAAGGGAGCGCCUCGGGGCUCCCCAGCAGACCCUCAGCAGGUCAGGGAGCCUCGAGCACUGGUCGAGUAUUCCGACGUCAGUUCGGAAGCGUUCUCGGAGCCGGAGGCGGGCGAGAUUACGGAUAGUCCCAGCCACAGCCCCGUCAUAAGCCCUUGUGUAAAUCGACAGCGGCCUCGUUCUCCAGCUCGUGCACCUAGACUCAGCCCUCGUCCUAGUCCAGCAUCAUAUAGUGCAAAUCUUAGUAGGAGUCCUUCUUACGUCCCACGCACACCCCCUAGGCCUCCUCGCGAGCCUCUUCACAGUGACGGAGAAGUUGAAGCGUCUCCUGCAGCUUCACACCACACUCCACACAUUUCCCGCCCACUUGUACCUUAUCCAGUGGUCAUGUCCCCAGAUCGCCGUUCUUUAGAAACACGAGGAGAAUACUAUCGCUCUAGAGAACCAUACCACCAUUCACGCACUCCAUCUGAAUCGGAGAGAGACCAUUCUCGAUCCAGAAAAAAGGAGCACAAAAAAGACAAGAAAAGAAAAGAAAAGAAACGGAAAAGAUCUGAGAGGUCACACAGCCCAGUACUGCAUAAGAAAAAGAAAAAGAAAAGUAAGCACAAAUCUAGAAGUGGUAGUCCAGAAUUUGAUGGAGCGGUUGUGGAUGGCAGUGUAGUUAGUUCCGAUGAUGACAUUUCUGAAGCCAUCAUUAUUAAAAGUGUUCCAAGAAUUAUCCCUAGUCAUGAUUCAAGAGCACCUGUUGCACCAACUAGGGUAAGAAAUCGUGGUGAAGAGCCCAGUCCUCUUAGUUCCAAUGAAGAAAUUAUAGUUAGUCCUCAACCCCCUCCUGAAGCAAAUCACACCCGUGGUAAUGAGCUGCGGAGAAGCACGCCACCUCACUCAUCACACAGAUCCCGUGAGCGAACUCCCACACACAGAUCACCACCACCCAGAUCGCCUCACACACCUAGCCCAACCCGCCAUCGUGUUGCUCGACACAUGACCCCGCCGCCGCCUCAGCCAUCAACAACUAGUAAGAACUAUGAACGUUCUACCCGGGCACACCACAUAAGCCCACGCAGGCCAUCUACGCCUCCUCUUCCAAGUCAGAGACGUGGAAACAUGACUCCACCAUCCAGAAACUCUCCUAGACGGGCAGUUUCUCAUCGUGCGCAUACCCCUCCCCCAUUGUAUGCUAGAAAGAGGUCUCGCUCUCGAAGCCCAAUUCAGUACAUUGAGAUACGGGGUAGCCCAGAAACUCCACCUCAUACCAGUAGUAGAUAUUAUGCAGCAGCAUCAACCUCACGUAAAGAAGAAAAAAAGAAAAAGAAGAAAGAGAGAGAAAGAGAAUAUCAUUCACAUGGUCGAAGAAGCAGAAGUAGAAGCCGGAGUGUCAGUAGGAGUCGCAGUAGGAGCAGGGGACAGUCGCCAAGACGAAAGCGCAGGAGUGGAAGUCGAAGCCCAAGUCGAAGACGUGGCGAACGUGUCCACAGAAGAUCUCCCGCUCGUGUUCGUCAUCCCUCACCUCGUCGUCCUCCUGCAGCUGGCGGUCUAGCACAUGAUAAUAAUAUGAGCUCGACAAGCUUAUUUGCAGAGCUCGUCAAGAGUAGAAAAAAUAGAGAACGUAUCAUGGCUUUGAGGACGAAGGAUGGGGAAAAGACAGAGAAGGGCAAAGAAAAUGUGGAGCCUGAAGGUGGGUCUACCUCAGGUCUAGACACCCCUGGUCCCACGCCAGCUCCAUCUGCCAUUCCAAAUGGAGCAGCCAAAGUGGAAAAUAAUGUGGGUGCGGCUGCAGCAGUUGCAACGGUGGCAGUAGCAGCGGCAGCAGCUGCAACAGUAGCGACAGCUGCCACAACACCAGAAGCUGCAGCAACAACAGCAGUAACAUCAGUGACUGCAACAGCAACAUCAUCAUCAACAUCAACAACAAGUAUGAUGAUGGCAAAUAUGAUGACUGCAGCAGCAGCAUUUGAUCAAGAAGAAACUUCCAAUCACUCUUACCACUCUGAGCCACCAACAGUCAAUGCCAUACACACUCUUGAUACAGGAAAAAUUGACUUCAAGAAAGUUUCAGUACCAACUAGUCUCACUAAGUUACCAAUGCCACCAGGUAUUAAUCUAGAAGACAUUGAUUCACCUACGUCUCCCAGUACACCACCCGAGUCGAAGCCUACCCGAAAAAGUAUUAUCACAGAUCUUCCUAUGCCUCCAAUGAUAGCUGGAACAGAAGAGCUUUCCCCAGAUGAGGAUGCCCUGAGCACACCACCACUCACCAGAACAGCUCCCGCUAAACAAAGACCCAUUGCAGCAAGGCCCAAGAUUCUAAAUGCCAAGCGGCAGGACCGCACAUCCCUCGAAGAUUGGAGUGAACGCUGCGUUGAAGUGUUUGACAUCAUUGCGCAGAUUGGUGAGGGAACAUAUGGCCAGGUGUAUAAAGCCAGAGCUAAAGAUAAGAAAAAUGAUGAAAUGGUUGCCUUAAAGAAAGUGCGUUUAGAGAACGAGAAGGAAGGCUUUCCUAUCACGGCAGUGCGGGAGAUUAAAAUCCUGAAGCAGCUUCACCACAAGAACAUUGUCAACCUCAAGGAGAUUGUCACGGACAAGCAGGAUGCUAUUGAUUUUCGACAUGAUAAGGGUUCCUUCUACCUGGUGUUUGAAUAUAUGGACCAUGACCUGAUGGGUCUUCUGGAGUCCGGCAUGGUGGAGUUCUCGGAGCAGCACAACGCUUCUAUCAUGCGCCAGCUUCUUAAUGGCCUUAAUUACUGCCAUAAAAAGAACUUCCUUCACAGGGAUAUUAAGUGCAGUAAUAUUCUGAUGAAUAACAAAGGCCAAAUCAAGUUGGGUGAUUUUGGUUUGGCUAGAUUGUUCAGUUCAAAUAAGGAGCGGCCAUACACGAACAAGGUCAUCACACUCUGGUAUCGUCCUCCUGAGCUACUGCUGGGAGAGGAGCGUUAUGGGCCCGCCAUUGAUGUGUGGUCGUGCGGGUGUAUCCUCGGCGAACUCUUCCAAAAGCGGCCACUUUUUCAGGCGAGUACUGAAGCGAUGCAGUUGGACGUAAUAUCUCGAGUGUGUGGGACGCCGACCCCAGCUGACUGGCCAGACAUUGUCAAGCUACCCGGGUGGGGCACAAUGAAGCCCAAGAAAACCUACCGCAGAAGAAUAAUGGAAGACUUCAAGGAUAAGAUGCCUCAGCCAGCCUUAGACCUUCUUGAUCAGAUGCUGAAGCUUGACCCAUCAAAACGUAUUAGUGCAGAGAAUGCACUUAAUAGUGCCUGGCUGAAGAAUGUUGAUCCUGACUUAAUGGAACCGCCACCAUUACCCAAGUAUCAAGAUUGUCACGAGUUAUGGAGUAAGAGGAGGAGACGCCAACUCAAAGAACAGCAAGAGGCAGCAGUUGGUGUUAUGGGCUCUCAGGUUCCUGCAGGGAAACCAGUUGUACUUGGCCCACAAGGUUUUGCAGGUGGUCAUAAGGAUCAGCGUCCACCAUACAGGGUUGGGCCCGACGAAGGAAGCCUUGAUGGACGACGCCACGAGAGCAACAGUGGAGAGGGCUACAUGAGUAAUAGCCUGCCAGCUUCCCGCAGCAAUUCUCCAAGACCAUCGUUACAUUUCCGUGGGCCGGGGUCUCACACGCCCCCGUCGGCGGCAGGUGGAGAUAGCCUUACCCCUCCCCAAGUUACUCAUAGAUACAAUACUCCACCUGUGACUAAUGAUGACUCGCAUACACUGUACCGGCCACUUUACCAUUUAGCUCAUCUGAUCAACACUCGGCAGACUGUAGUAUUUGGUCAGCUAGCUGCAUUAAUGAAUGAACAGAUGGAUCUAAGCAUACGGCGACUUCUAGAGCGACUGAAUGCAGCUGUACUCUUAGCAGCCACAGCUCGAGAGCGGCGAUUACGCGGCGAUUCAGCAAUUGUUGACAUGAGUGAAUUAACAGUCGAGCCUAAUGAGCCCAUUAUUACUGCAUCAG